CCAACUAUGCGUUGAGAUGCUGCGUGCAGUAAGCAGCAACCGCUGCAACAACGGCGACCGUGGCCAACUAGGUCCUGGUACGCUGUGUGAUGAUGGAGGCAGCAACCGCUGCACCGAUGGCAACCCUGGCCAACUAGGGCUUGAGAUGCUGCGUGCAGAAAGCAGCAACCGCUGCAACAACGGCGACCGUGGCCAACUAGGUCCUGGUACGCUGUGUGAUUACGGAGGCAGCACCCGCUGCACCGAUGGCCACCCUGGCCAACUAGGCGUUGAGAUGCUGCGUGGAGAAAGCAGCAACCGCCGCAACAACGGCGACCGUGGCCAACUAGGUCCUGGUACGCUGUGUGAUGACGGAGGCAGCAACCGCUGCACCGAUGGCAACCCCGGCCAACUAGGCCUUGAGAUGCUGCGUGCAGAAAGCAGCAACCGCUGCAACAACGGCGACCGUGGCCAACUAGGUCCUGGUACGCUGUGUGAUUACGGAGGCAGCAACCGCUGCACUGAUGGCAACCCCGGCCAACUAUGCGUUGAGAUGCUGCGUGCAGUAAGCAGCAACCGCUGCAACAACGGCGACCGUGGCCAACUAGGUCCUGGUACGCUGUGUGAUGAUGGAGGCAGCAACCGCUGCACCGAUGGCAACCCUGGCCAACUAGGCCUUGAGAUGCUGCGUGCAGAAAGCAGCAACCGCUGCAACAACGGCGACCGUGGCCAACUAGGUCCUGGUACGCUGUGUGAUGACGGAGGCAGCACCCGCUGCACCGAUGGCCACCCUGGCCAACUAGGCGUUGAGAUGCUGCGUGGAGAAAGCAGCAACCGCCGCAACAACGGCGACCGUGGCCAACUAGGUCCUGGUACGCUGUGUGAUGACGGAGGCAGCAACCGCUGCACCGAUGGCAACCCCGGCCAACUAGGCCUUGAGAUGCUGCGUGCAGAAAGCAGCAACCGCUGCAACAACGGCGACCGUGGCCAACUAGGUCCUGGUACGCUGUGUGAUGAUGGAGGCAGCAACCGCUGCACCGAUGGCAACCCCGGCCAACUAGGCCUUGAGAUGCUGCGUGCAGUAAGCAGCAACCGCUGCAACAACGACGACCGUGGCCAACUAGGUCCUGGUACGCUGUGUGAUUACGGAGGCAGCAACCGCUGCACUGAUGGCAACCCCGGCCAACUAUGCGUUGAGAUGCUGCGUGCAGUAAGCAGCAACCGCUGCAACAACGGCGACCGUGGCCAACUAGGUCCUGGUACGCUGUGUGAUGAUGGAGGCAGCAACCGCUGCACCGAUGGCAACCCUGGCCAACUAGGCCUUGAGAUGCUGCGUGCAGAAAGCAGCAACCGCUGCAACAACGGCGACCGUGGCCAACUAGGUCCUGGUGCGCUGUGUGAUGAUGGAGGCAGCAACCGCUGCAUCGAUGGCAACCCUGGCCAAUUAGGCGUAGGAAUGCUAGGUGAAGAAGACAGAGCAAUUACUAGGGCACCGGGAAGAAGUACGGGGGGGAAUGUGGGAUUUAUAGAAGGUACCCCUCCACCGGUGCCAUAAAUUAUCUGAUGAACUUGCUGACCGGCAGGAGAGAGCAGAGCGAUUAAGGAGUUCUCAACUGGCCCGCGACCAAGGCAGUUGGAGAUUUUUUAAUCGCUCCGAGAGUCGCUCGAAUCUGUACUAUACUAAAAGACUAUACUAAUAAAAGACUAUAUUAAUAAACGAUUGGAGGAUUUAAAAAACCAACCUCAAGCGCGGGCCAA